UUUGGUUUAAAGGGACAUGGCAUGGCCACAUGGACAUGUAGCUUUAUUCUUGAUGGAGAUUGCCGUGCUCAAAGGAGAUUCGACUUGUCAUCAAUGGGCGGUCUACCCUCAAUGGUCGGCCGAAGCUGGAAGCUUGUUAGUAAAGCGCGAUAGUUGAGCAUGCCACACCAAUUAAGCUAGACCAAUAAAUAUGGAAUUGGAGGGUGUUUGCAUCAUUAGCCUCCCGUUCAGUGCUAUUCAUGGCAGUUGAUCCUAUCAUCCUAAUUUACAAUAUACUAAUUCUGAGUUGGGAAAACACUGUUCAUUUACUCUAGUAGUGGGCCUCAGACCUUUCUUCUGCCAUUUAUCCCAAUCAGCCCAAGACUGUUUUGGGCCCAAAACAAAUGCCGACUCACUUCUAAUGCUCCAAAUCAAAGUCAAUCCUUCCCUUCCUCAUCUUGACUCGACCUCAUCCGAAAACACACAAGAAACAACACAAGAAAGGCCUUUGCACCAAAACCGAAACACAGCUGCCGUCUUGCUCAUAGUCGUCUUCCAGAUAGCUGACGUCGAACCGGCCAUCAACAUGGAGUGGGGUAACUUUCGUUCAUCACACCUUCCCCUUACACAAUAUGAUCAGGCUCUUGAUGCCGACAGUUUGAACCCUGGAGAGCAGAUCUUUGAGAAGAUGAUUUCUGGGAUGUAUUUUGCGAAACUUUUCUCAACUCUUUCGCAAUAUGAUAUGCCCUAGGAAAACUGCAGUUCAUUUUUUCACAGGCAUCACAGCUAGAAGGUUAUGCUUCUGAUCAAGGAUGGAAAUGAUCAAGCCACAAAUCUGCUCAUGCGAGAGCAUCGUUGUCGAAAAGAAAACAUCAAAACAUUCUGCCAAAACAGAUCAUUCAUGUACAGGGAUGGAUCAAGCUUCUCAAGCUGAAGCAAGAACCUAAUCAGCUUCUGUAUUUUAGACUUUAGUAUAGAUAUUGAUCUCUAAAAACAAAGACAGUAGCUGCUAGAGCGAUACCAUGUAGCCAAUAUAUAUCUUUGCUAUAGGCAUCUCACUAUUUUCGAUAAACAAUGUGGAUGCCCUGCUGUUAUCAUAAUACUAGCAAUAUUUUGUAAUCGAUUUUGUAAUUAUGGAGCAGAUACUUGAAAC